CCCACAUCUGGCACUGCAGGCACAACCAGGCGGCGGCGGCCACGAGGCCAGGCGGCGGCCGGGAGGACCUGCGCCCCGCGCCCUUCUGCGCCCGCGGGCACCAUGAGCGGCCGAGUCGGGGACCUGAGCCCCCAGCAGCAGGAGGCGCUAUCCAGGUUCCGGGAGAACCUCCAGGACCUGCAGCCCAGAGUGCCCACUGCUGAUGACUACUUCCUCCUGCGGUGGCUUCGAGCUCGAGACUUUGACCUGCGGAAAUCCGAGGACAUGCUCCGGAGGCACAUGGAGUUCCGGAAGCAACAAGACCUGGACAACAUUCUCUCAUGGCAGCCCCCUGAGGUCAUCCGGCUGUACGACUCGGGCGGUCUGUGUGGCUACGACUAUGAAGGCUGCCCUGUGUACUUCAACAUCAUCGGGUCCCUUGACCCCAAGGGUCUCCUGCUGUCAGCCUCCAAGCAGGAUAUGAUCCAGAAGCGCAUCAAGGUCUGCGAACUGCUUUUGCGUGAGUGUGAGCUGCAGACUCAGAAGCUAGGCAGGAAGAUCGAGACGGCACUGAUGGUGUUUGACAUGGAGGGGCUGGGCCUGAAACACCUGUGGAAGCCAGCUGUGGAGGUCUACCAGCAGUUUUUUAGCGUCCUUGAAGCAAAUUAUCCUGAGACUCUGAAGAAUUUAAUUGUUAUUCGAGCCCCCAAACUGUUCCCUGUGGCCUUCAACUUGGUCAAGUCGUUCAUGAGUGAGGAAACACGCAGGAAGAUUGUAAUUCUGGGAGACAACUGGAAGCAGGAGCUGACGAAAUUCAUCAGCCCCGACCAGCUGCCCGCGGAGUUUGGAGGGACCAUGAUUGACCCAGAUGGCAACCCCAAGUGCCUGACCAAGAUCAACUAUGGGGGUGAGGUGCCCAAGAGCUACUACCUGUGCAACCAGGUGAGGCUGCAGUAUGAGCACACGGAGUCCGUGGGUCGAGGCUCCUCCUUGCAGGUGGAGAACGAGAUCCUGUUCCCAGGCUGUGUGCUCAGGUGGCAGUUCACAUCGGAUGGUGGGGACAUCGGCUUUGGGGUUUUCCUGAAGACCAAAAUGGGGGAGCGGCAGAGGGCUCGGGAGAUGAUGGAGGUGCUGCCCAGCCAGCGCUACAAUGCCCACCUGGUGCCUGAGGAUGGGAGCCUCACCUGCCUCAAGGCUGGCGUCUAUGUCCUGCGCUUUGACAACACCUAUAGCCGGUUGCACGCCAAGAAGCUCAGCUAUACUGUGGAAGUGCUGCUUCCCGACAAGGCCUCUGAGGAGACACUGCAGAGUCUCAAGGCGACGAGUCCCUCCCCAACACAGUGAAGACCCUAGCCCCUCAGCCUGUGUGCUCCAACCCCUUUGCACCCACCCCUGAUCCCUGCCGACCCAGGCAGGGUGGUGCUGAAGGUGGCUGCAAAGAGUCACCUGUCCCACAUCACCAUCUCAGCUCAUUGUGGGCCCACCUGCCACAGUGGCCAAGCAGUAAAGGGCCACCAGGGCAUAGACCAUGCUGAAGAUUCAGACAGGAACCUUUUUGUUCCCAGAGAAUGGGAUGAGAAUGAGACACUGAAGACGACCCCGUCCACUGAAGAUGGGUCCUGCCUGCAGGAGCUGCCCUUCCAUCCAUCCCGACAGGGUCCAGCCACCCAGGACUCGCCCAUGCCUGGAGUUCUGGCUUCAGGGGCUGUGCAUGGCCCAGGCCCUGUGGGCAUCACUGCCUCAGGCCUGAAAAGCAGAGAAGCCUGGUUCUCUGCACGUAGGAGGUCAGCAGGGGUGGGCAGGCCCAGCUGGAGGUGGCUGGGUAAUGAGAUGAAACAAGAGUGAGGGUCCUGUUUCCAGCAGAGCACUGGGGCCCAUCCAGGUUUGUUCUGCCACCACUGGAUGGAAAAUUGGAAAUGGGCUGGGCACGGCGGCUCACACCUAUAAUCCCAGCACUUUGGGA